UUGAUUGUAUUGAUGAACAGUGCAAUGGCCUUUCUACAUUGAAGAAUGUUCAGUCUGUUAUGCCUUACUAUUUCUACACAUUGGUACAGAUUGAAGGCAUAUUAUGUUCGCAGCAGUUUGGAAGGAAUGAGCUCAUGAAUUGCUGCAAGGUUUGACACAAAGAGCACUCUCUCAAUGCAGAACACUUAAUUUGAUUCUGAGCUGCAUGAAAGAGGUGGAAAGUUCAGGGGUCAGAAGAAAGUUAGUUAGUAAAAGUCCUGCCUCGUGUUUCUUCCAACCACAAGCUCAGCCAUCUUAUUUAACUAAUUACUCAUACCUCCUGGCUGAAUAAUUAUGCCUUUUUCUGGCCCCGUUAUAUCGAGAUCUCGAUUUAUCUCAUGAUUUCGACAUAAAAUUGUUUGUUUUACUUUUAUCAGUAACUGACUUGGAUAGAAACUAUGGCACUUAUCAGAAGCUUAAUAGAUAACUUCAGUCCCUGUUUAAAGGAAACAUCCAAGUUCCAAGUCCAUUAUUAUUGUGAUGCUUUAUGCCGAUAGUGUUGCUUAUCAAAAACUGCAUUAUUCUAAACUAUAGAUUUAGUGUAUUUAUACCAGACCUAUCUUCGAUAUUAUUUCAAUCCUUCCAAAAUAAUUUGAUGCGUGAAUGAGCCAGGAGUGUCAGUCCAACAGGUACAAGGAUGGAUCUUAUCUUGAACUUUGCGGACCAGUACUUCUUUACCCCUUACGUGUACCCUGCCUCCUGGCCGGAGGAUGAACCUUUAAGGCAGAUCAUUGGCCUGCUGGUUGUCACCAACAUCGGGGCGGUCAUUUUAUACUUGGGCCUGGGCAGUCUCAGUUACUACUUUGUCUUUGACCAUAAAUUGAUGAAACACCCUCAGUUUUUGCCGAACCAGGUACGAAGGGAGAUUAAGUACGCCAUGAGUUCUUUGCCCUGUAUCAGCAUACCCACAGUGGCCUUGUUCUUUGCUGAGGUCAGAGGAUACAGCAAACUUUAUGCCAACGUCAAUGACUUUGCACUCGGCUGGCCUGGAUUGAUUAUCAGUAUGGUCUCCUUCUUGUUUUUUACCGACAUGUGCAUCUAUUGGAUCCACCGCUUUCUCCAUCACAGACUCAUUUACAAGUACUUCCACAAGCCCCACCACGUGUGGAAGAUCCCCACCCCGUUUGCCAGCCAUGCGUUGCACCCAGUGGAUGGCUUCCUGCAGGGCCUGCCGUACCACGUCUACCCCUUUCUGUUCCCCCUGCACAAAGUCCUCUACCUGGCCCUGUACAUCUUCGUCAACGUCUGGACCGUGUCCAUUCACGACGGCGACUACCGGGUCCCCAGCCAGCUGCAGGAGGUCAUCAACGGCUCUGCCCACCACACCGACCACCACCUCUUCUUUGAUUACAACUACGGGCAGUACUUCACCCUGUGUGAUCGACUGGGAGGGUCCUACAGACACCCCUCAGCACUCCAGGGCAAGGGCCCCAACGGCUGUAUCACGAGGCUUUUUGCGCAGGACAAGCUUAGCAACGGCAGCAACGGUCACAUGGACACCGGCGACAAAAUCCACAAGCAGGAGUAGUUCCCCAGUUCCCAUGCGGUCAUGACGGACACCCUUAUGUUCGCAAACCCCACAAAUGUAAUUUGUUUGCCUUUUUAACUGCAAGAACUUAACUAGCAAGUAGCAUAGCUCUACUUCAGCACUGUGGCUUCUCUGCUGUGUGACUGUCAGGGUUGAUAAAUUGUUAUUAAGAAAGAGAACAAGCGUCAUGCGCAAAAUCGAGAACAAUAAUUUCAGAAUUAUGAAGACAUCAGGUCCAUAAAUAUUGCAGACUUUCAGCUUUAAUUUGAGGGUAUUUACAUCCAAAUCAGGUGAACGGUGUAGGAAUUACAACAUUUUGUAUAUGUGCCUCCCACUUUUUAAGGGACCAAAAGUAAUGGGACAAACUAACAAUCAUAAAUCAAACUUUCACUUUUUAAUACUUGGUUGCAAAUCCUUUGCAGUCAAUUACAGCCUGAAGUCUGGAACGCAUUGACAUCACCAGACGCUGGGUUUCAUCCCUGGUGAUGCUCUGCCAGGCCUCUACUGCAACUGUCUUCAGUUCCUGCUUGUUCUUGGGCCAUUUUCCCUUCAGUUUUGUCUUCAGCAAGUGAAAUGCAUGUUCAAUCGGAUUCUGGUCAGGUGAUUGACUUGCCCAUUGCAUAACAUUCCACUUCUUUGCCUUAAAAAACUCUUUGGUUACUUUCGCAGUAUGCUACGGGUCAUUGUCCAUCUGCACUGUGAAGCGCCGUCCAAUGAGUUCUGAAGCAUUUGGCUGAAUAUGAGCAGAUAAUAUUGCCCGAAACACUUCAUAAUUCAUCCUGCUGCUUUUGUCAGCAGUCACAUCAUCAAUAAAUACAAGGGAACCAGUUCCAUUGGCAGCCAUACAUGCCCACGCCAUGACCCUCCCACCACCAUGCUUCACUGAUGAGGUGGUAUGUUUUGGAUACUGAGCAGUUCCUUUCCUUCUCCAUACUCUUCUCUUCACAUCAUUCUGGUACAAGUUGAUCUUUGUCUCAUCUGUCCAUAGGAUGUUGUUCCAGAACUGUAAAGGCUUUUUUAGAUGUUGUUUGGCAAACUCUAAUCUGGUCUUCCUGUUUUUGAGGCUCACCAAUGGUUUACAUCUUGUGGUGAACCCUCUGUAUUCACUCUGGUGAAGUCUUCUCUUGAUUGUUGACUUUGACACACAUACACCUACCUCCUGGAGAGUGUUCUUGAUCUGGCCAACUGUUGUGAAUGGGUUUUUCUUCACCAUGCGAAAAAAGAGAGAGACAAGAGACUGGAUGAGGAUUGGGGUCACCUGUUGGCUUAGUGCUGGGCUUGCUGGAGUGGCAUGGAUGGCUGGCAGGCAGCUGGGAAACAAUCCGUGCUUGUUUAUAACUGGCUCUCUUCCUUUUUCAUGAAAUGCCAAUAUUGUGACAGCUAGAUUAUAGACUUUAAAAAGUGAACCAAUAUGGAGAAAAAUGAGUAAUCUAGUGUAAAUGUGAUCAUUUUGAACAGGUGGUCUAUGGCUGUAAAUGCCAGAUGAUGAUCAAACGAAGGUGCAGUAUUUGCGCGCUGGGCCUUUUAUCCUUAGGGUGUCACAAUUUCCUGUUUAUCAAAUGCUAACGAGUAGAGAAGCUAAUUAAACCGCAUGCAAAAUUUACAGGAGCCAGCUCAAGGCAAAGCCGUGAUGAGUUGCUGUGACGUGACGCAAUAAUGUCAUUUUUCUUACAUUAACUCGUAAUGCCGAUAAAUUGUCAUUUGAAAUGACAAAAUUGAGACUCAGAUUAUGGAACUCUUUGUUUCAUUAUUUGAAAAUAAAAGCAGAAUGUGUGUGUUUUCAGGUGGACAUUUGUAUAUGCCUUCCUUCAAUUGAUUUACAUUUUCUGAUUGUUUUUGAUUUGUAGCUGUAACUUGAGUCUGUAACUGUACAGACUGGCAUGAGAUGCUGUCAAGAAAAGUGUCCAAAUGAUGAAAAGAUUGUAUCCCAUAGAAUGUCUUUCAUAUGGUAUUUUCAGUCAAGUAAAUCUAAAAAAAGAAAAAACCCUAUGACAACUUAAUUUACUUAACAUGCAAUUAAGGAAAACUAAAUGCAACUUUUCAAAUGCUGCUGAAAAGAUGCCAAAUGUAAUGUAUCCUAGAUAAACUGCCAUCUGUGAAUGUGUAAUGUGAAGUCAUCCUCUCUGGCACUGAAACUAAGUUCUAUGAGAAAUGUAGUUGCUUGCCUAGUUUGAUCUUUUUUUAUUUUUUUGGUUGGUUGGGGUAUAUCAGGGAUGGGCAACUCCAGGAAGGCUGGUGUGUAUGCAGGACUUUGCUGCGACCAGGUACCCUGGCUCAGUCAGCUAAUUAGCCAUAUGCACCAUGACCGAUUCACUCGUAAAUUAGACCACAAUUAAAUGCUAGAAGACAAGAACAUUUAUCAGCUGCUGUUUAUGUCACAGAAUGUGGCUAGAAAUCUGACAGAUCAUGUAAAUGAUUGGGCUAAUUAAAUAAAUUAAGAGCAGAAGCUGGGCUGAAAUCCAGAGAUAGAUAUGACCUGCCUUGCCCAUCUCUGGGGUAUAUGUACCACAUAGUGUUCAUGAUGUACAUGGGUUACAUUUAUGACAUACAUAUCAAAUAUGUUUAACUUAUGUGCAAAACAACAAGUUCUGAGAGGAUAGCAUAUCCACUUGCAGUCACUUGAGAAUAUAAUUCAGUGACUUUUAAAAUAUUUGAUUGCAUUGAUGAACAGUGCAAUGGCCUUUCUGCAUUGAAAAAUGUUCAGUCUGUUAUGCCUUACUAUUUCUACACAUUGGUACAGAUUGAAGGCAUAUUAUGUUUGCAGCAGUUUGGAAGGAAUGAGCUCAUGAAUUGCUGCAAGGUUUGACACAAAGAGCACUCUCUCAAUGCAGAACACUUAAUUUGAUUCUGAGCUGCAUGAAAGAGGUGGAAAGUUCAGGGGUCAGAAAAAAGUUAGUAAAAGUCCUGCCUCAUGUUUCUUCCAUCCACAAGCUCAGCCAUCUUGUUUAGCUAAUUAAUCAUACCUCCUGGCUAAAUAAUUGUGCUAAAUCCAGGUGACUGGAAUAAUAUAUUGGGGAGGACUUUUACUUUCUGAACCUGGCCUAGGCCCAUUGCAUUGCAACCAGGUGUGGAUUGAACUACACCAAUCAAAUCUGAUCAUUUCAUGACAAAGGAGUACCUAAAAGAGCCUGCGGUUCUCGAAAAAGAUCUUAUGGACAGAAUUUGAUGUCAUCUGUCCCCAAGACUCUGCAGGUAACUAGUGGUUUGCGUCUUGCGGUGUUGUCUCUGAAUUUCUGUUUGUGAAGUCUCCUGCACGUUCAGGCCUGCCUGCUGAAGAGUGUUUCUAAUCUGUUGGACAGGUGCUUGGGGGGGUUUUCUUCAUUGUGGUGAGAGCUCUUCGGUCAUCUACUGUCGAGGUCGUCCUUGGCCUACUAGGCCCUUUACAAUCACCAAGCUCACCAGUGCCCUUAUUGUUCUAAGGCUUGGUCUAUGUAUCUUACUGCUUUUUGAAAAUUGAUCAGCCUUAUAAAGGCUACCUUGACUUUUAUGGUCACAACUAUGGUUCUCAUGUUGACAAAGCCAUUAUCCAGCAAACCCAAUAAUGCUGCUUUGUGGAACAAGGCCCCUGCACUAAGGAAGUGAUUGGAUAUACCUGAUUAAUCAAUCAAAGCUGCAAGCCAAACAUUAUGGUCCCCUGAAAUAGGGCGACCAUGUAUCAAAAGUGCUGUCUUUUCUACAUGGUGAAACUAAAAUGCAUAUAAAAUACCAUUUCAUAAAUGCUGAGAAUCUGCACUUUAAGCAAUUAUCUAAAAUUGUGUACAUUGCUAAAUCAAGAAGUAAUGUCGCUCACAUUAUGGAGAAUACUGUAUGGUCCUAACCCCAACCGUAGCACUUAAAUUACAUGCCAGAAAUCUGUCAUUCAACAAGCUGAACUGCAGGAGGUACUCUCCAUCUCUUCUGUGCAUCCAAGACACCCUAAACAUUCUGUGCACCUGUUUACUGUAAACAACAGAUUCCGCUGCUUUCUUGAGGGGACAGCAUGCUGGGGGUUAAUAUUUUGAGAUAAUAAACUAUUCUCAGUGCUUGGAA